GAGCAGGAGCCACGGCCGAGAGGAGGGAGGAGGAGGAGGAGGAGGUGGAGGAGGCGCCGGACCCGGGAGGGGGGAUUAUCAGUAUUUAAACAGACCACAUCAUGUGUGAAUACAAGCUAGUGGUUCUUGGUUCAGGAGGCGUUGGGAAGUCUGCUCUGACAGUUCAGUUUGUUCAGGGAAUUUUUGUUGAAAAAUAUGACCCAACGAUAGAAGAUUCCUACAGAAAGCAAGUUGAAGUAGAUUGCCAACAGUGUAUGCUUGAAAUCCUGGAUACAGCAGGGACAGAGCAAUUUACAGCAAUGAGAGAUUUGCAUAUGAAGAAUGGCCAAGGGUUUGCACUAGUAUAUUCUAUCACAGCUCAGUCCACAUUUAACGACUUACAGGACCUGAGAGAACAGAUUUUAUGGGUUAAGGACACAGAAGAUGUUCCAAUGAUUUUGGUUGGCAAUAAAUGUGACCUGGAAGAUGAGCAAGUAGUUGGCAAAGAACAGGGCCAGAAUUUAGCAAGACAGUGGUGUAUCUGUGCCUUUUUAGAAUCUUCUGCAAAGUCAAAGAUCAACGUUAAUGAAAUAUUUUAUGACCUGGUCAGACAGCUAAAUAGAAAAACACCAGUGGAAAAGAAGAAGCCUAAAAAGAAAUCAUGUCUGCUGCUCUAGGCCCGUAGUCAGCAGCAGCUCUGAGCCAGAUUACAGAAAUGAAGAACUGUUGCCUAAUUGGAAAGUGCCAGCAUUCCAGUCUUCAAAAAAUAAAUCCGAAGAGGCUUCUCCUGUUUUAUAUAUUAUGUGAAGAAUUUAGAUCUUAUAUUGGUUUGCACAAGUUCCCUGGAGAAAAAAAAUUGCUCUGUGUAUAUCACUUGGAAAAUAAGACAAUAGUAUUUCUCCUUUGCAAUAGCAGUUACAAUAGAUGUGAAAAUAAAUAUACUUGACUCUAAUAUGAUUACACAAAAGAGCAUGAAUGCAUUUCUAAUAUUAGAUAUUGCUACUAUAAUCAAAUGAUUUCAUAUUGACCUUUUUACCAUGAUUCCUCCCUGUCAAGCACUAAAAAGUUGAACCAUUAUACUUUAUAUCUGUAAUGAUAUAGAUUAUAAAAUUU